AUGCCGAAGUUUCUGACAGCACAAGCUAAAGAGGGCCUCAGUACUGUCGCAAAAACAAACAUGAAAAAUGCAGCAAAAUUAACAGUGAAAAAAAUGGCUGAGGAGCUCAUAACCUAUGGACUAGGGAAGGCAGAGGAGGAACUACUUAAACAAAUAUUAGCUGCCAUUGAAAAUAAUGUCAACAAGGGGAUUGCUGAUGAUGUAAAAUCCAACUUAGAAAAAGGAGAGCUGGGUUUAUUAGUUGACAGCAUCAUCCUCUCACAUGUUGAUGAAGAGCAACUUCAGGAUCUUCUGAGGGACAAAGACAGGAAGACCAAACUGCUGAACAUUUUCACUGAACUGAGUAAGAAUGCAGUCCAGCCAUUCUAUGCAGACCUCAGCCUGCAGAACAAGCUGAACUCCUCCUUCCAUGGAGUGAUUGACAAAGCCCUGGAAGAAUUAGCUGAGGAAGAAGUCAAAGGAAAAGCAACGGGAUUUCUGACUUCCAUCAAAUUGGUCCAUAUGGGGGCACUAGCAGCAGAAGCUACUGCAGCAGUGCUCAGCCUUUCCAGCAAGUUCUUCCAAAAUCUUCAGGAACAGCUGACGACAUUCAAAAAGGACCAUUUGUCAGAGGAGAAGCUGAAGCAUCAAUCUCCUCAGGACACUGAGAUGCUGAAAGAAUUCAAGCAGGAGUUAGCUGACACCAUCAGCAAUUUAAUGGCUGCUGCUUUGGUGGAAGUUUUCCACCAGAAGUUCUCCAGUCAUUUGGUUUCUUGGAUGCAAAGCAAAGCACAUGGUGUCAUUACCCAACAUGUAAGAUCUGGUCUAAAGACUGACCGUACAGAGGAAUUACUCAGAGCUGGUCAGAAUAACAGCUAUAUCAAACACAUGCCUGUCGACCAAGAUCUUAAGCGUCACCCUGCAAAAGAAGCAAGUGAAUCAUUGAAGACACAUGCUGAGAAGAUCAAGGAUGCCAACACUCCAGGAAACAUUCUGGACAUCAGAGUCCUGUCAGAAACCACUGGCACUAAGGUUGUACUCCUCACUGAGAACAGCCAGGGCAAGCUGACCAAAAUGCAACAAGUACACCCAAACACCAACCCUGCCAGUCAAGAAGUCACACUGAUUUACAGACCAAAGAGUGUCAAGUACCCAGAUGGCCAUUAUGAUGUGCUCAUUAAUAACCACACAGUCAGCAUCAACAGUAAAGACAAGAGCUGCCUUUUUCAUGCUCUGGCACGAGGCAUGAACCCAGACGCCAGCGAAGUAGAGAUCUCAAAGAAAGCAGACGACCUGCGACACAGUGAGGCCGACACUCUCCUUAAAGAACCGGACAAAUGGGAGCCCUUCGUCAAGAGGAAGGAGUGGACUGACGCUAUCAGAGGAGGAGACUGGUACAUGGCAGAGGGAGCUAUGUCCAACACUGAGAAAGAAACCCUUCGAAGAGAGGUUGGAAAAGUAGAACUAUACAGCACCUGGAAACAACACGCACAAAAUAAUCCAGGAUUGGGACAGCUCAUCAAUGCAGACCACCAGCCACCAGUGAGUUGUAUCUUGAACAUAGAACAGUCCAACCAAAGCGAGUUAGCCAAAGCCAUGCUUAAAGUGGCAACAGGCUCAUCUAAUCCGGACAAAAACGCGAUUGAUGAAGCAAAGAAAUAUCAUGGCCUUAAACUUCCAACUGUUUAUGUGCCAGCAGAGAUACAUCGUGAUUUUCUCAGCACAACAUCACCAAAAUUCAGAGAGUUCUUAAUUGAAUCCAUACAACAAAAUGAUGUGGUGGGCACCUUCUAACUGAUCAUUCUUGGUUCAGUGCCGAGAUUCUGGCUGAAAAUCAAGGGGAACUUAAACCAACAUGCAAAAAGGAUAGGUCCACAAAGUCUGUCUGUGUUUGAAGAUAGAUUUGGACCUCAAUGCCGAAAGAUGGUUGAGUUCUGGUUCCCACUGCUGAAUGGAGUCAUGACAAAAUCACAUCGGAAAAAAAUCAUUAAAUGGAUCAAUAAGAGGGGCUACAAGAACUCGAGCAACAAGUACAGGAAAGAGCUCCUCAGCUACCUGUCAACAGAAGAACCGGUGAUGAAACGGAAACAUCGAGGAGAUAAAUGGAGUAAUAUUAAGACACACAUGACAAGAUAUGCGACGAAUUGCCUAAAGCUAAUAAAAGAUGAUGAUGAUGCAUUGCAAUUCCCCGAAGGGAAAUUCAAUGUAGAUGAUGAUGAUGAUGAAGAUGAUGAAGAUAUAGAUCAGAGGUAGGCAACUGGUGGCCCGCAGGCCAAAAUUGGCCUGCCGCCAAUAAUACCUGGCCCACUAGAUAACAUUGAUUAAAAAAAUGAUUAAAAUAUAUAUAUAUAUAUAUAUAUAUAUAUAUGUGUGUGUGUGCAAAACCAACAAUUCCACAGAUUUCAGAACAGUAAUUCAAAAGUCGUGACAAAAUAUGAUAAAAUAAAAUAAAGCAGCAUCUGCUUGACUUCAGACACACACUGGCUUGAGGUAGGAACUUAAUUGGCACAUGUGCGCUCUGAGAAAAAGGAGAAAAAAAAAGAAAAAUCACUCUGUGUGCCACUGUAACAGACAAACUGCAAAAUCUAUUUCACUGAAUUAAAGCAAAUAACAAGCUUGGCUCAGUGAUCAAAUACAUAGUAAAAGCCUGUAGCAAAUUCAUUGAUUUUAAAUUAAUAACUUUAUUUAAUUACGUUUUAGUACAAUUAUAAUAGUAUAGAUGAGAAAAAAGGUAUCUUUUUUUAGUAGGAAAGACAGGUCUUGCCUGAUGAAGAUGUAAUUUUGACCCGCCAUUGAGUUGGUCAGAAAAAAAUUUGGCCCGAGGCUAAACGUAGUUGUCGACCCCGAUAUGGAUGAUAUAAUAAUAGAUGAUAAUGAUAUAGAUGAAGAAAAAUCUAUGCUUUUAAGCUCACAGGGAUUGUGUUUAUCAUCAUUUUUCAAAAUUAUGGGAUAUAUUUCUUGGUAAUUGUUGAGAUUAAGCACUGAUUGUAAUAGAAGUAAGGGGUGGAAAUUAAAGCACUUGGUGAUGAGUACAAAAAAAAAAAAUCUGCUUAUGAAACAGGAAUCAUUCCCUUCCAGCUACAUGGGAGAGUUGAAUGUCUUAUUUUACAUAUUGCUGGUUUUGGGUCAAAACCUCUUAUCUCUAAAAUCACUUCUUUUAAGGGAAUUUAAAAAAAAAGUUUUAUCUUCCAAAUAGUUUAACAUUAAAAGGUCAUAGUCAGAGUCUUUUUGACACUUCUUUUGCUUUAAAUGUGUUAAACCCAGUGACAGAGUUUAAGAGUGACGAAUAGUACUGAUUUAUGAAAAAAAUAAAAUGACAUGAAAAAAUGAGAUAUGAGGUUUUGGUCUUCUGUCAGUGAUGUAUUUCUUUCCAUUUUUUCCCCCAAAAAUUCAUGACUUGUAGCCUAUCUUAGAAUAAAUAACAACCAAAUUUCACUGUUAAUGUAACCCUAAAAAAGAUUCACGUUCUCUUAAUCUCCUUAUUGUGUGUCUGAAUAAAUCAUUUAAAAAGUU